CGAGACACCUUGUUGAACUCAACUAGUCUUUCACGUGUCUCCUACAGACUUUAGCUUGCUGGCAUUCACCGCCUUCCCGAGUCUUUUUUACUUUCCAUUUUCUUUUUUUGUUUUUGUUUAUUUUACCAAUACAAGUCAAACUAACGACUGGUUGGUGGAGUUUCACUUGGACUGUGAACGUUGGGCACACCUGAGACACUUUCCUGUCACGACCUGGGAUUCUGGGCUUCGACUGACGUUUUUUUUUUCUUUUUUGUUCGAGGAUUGGGAUUUGUCUUGUGUCGCCCGGAUGAAGAUGUAUUGUGGGCAGUAAACACCUUGACCUGCAUUCAGGCUCUGUACUUGAAUUAAAAUAAUGUUCACAGGGGGUACAUCACUGAAACAAGGUUGAGAACCACUGAUCUAAACCAAGGUGUGUGCCCUGCUUCCAAUGACUAGAAUAGAGGUAGGAGACCUGUGAGGGCAAACCGUGGCAGCAUGGCGAAGACUCCUGGGUUCCAAGGCACGGCGUCUCUGUCCAGAUUGGACUUAAAAGAAACGUUGGAGCGCCACAAUGCGUCGGCUAACGCAGCCACGCAGGUUCCAAGAAGGGCAGCUGCAGACUGCUCUGUACCAAGAAGCCACAAAGAGACAAUUCCCCAAAGGCUUAAUCUCAUGCCCUGGUUUCAUGGCAAAAUAGCACGAGAUGAAGUGGAGAGAUUGCUCUCCCCUCCAAGCAAUGGCAGAUACCUGGUGCGGGAGAGUGGCAACUAUCCCGGGAACUACACGCUGUGUUUGAGCAAUGACAACACAGUGGAGUACUACCGUAUCAUUUACUCCGAUGGCAAGUUUUUCAUAGACGACUCUCAGCGCUUUGACACUCUCAUCCAACUGGUAGAGCACUACGAACAAGAUGCUGAUGGUCUCUGCAGCAAACUAAUUGAGCCACAGUUGAAGAAGGAGAUUGUAGAUGUCCAAACAGAAAUGUUGAGAGGUGGCUGGGUGCUGAACAGAAAAAACCUCAAAUUAGAGAAUGUCAUUGGAAGAGGAGAGUUUGGAGAAGUUAAGGUGGCUGACUACAAGGGGACUAAAGUAGCUGUGAAAUGCAUUAGAAAUGAUGCGACUGCCCAGGCCUUUAUUACAGAGGCCUCUGUCAUGAUGAAACUACAUCACAAUAACUUGGUGAAGCUGCAUGGCGUGAUCGCUGAGGAGGACGGCACUUUAUUCAUCAUCACUGAAUACAUGACUAAGGGUACCUUGGUGGACUACCUACGUUCCAGAGGAAGGGCUGUACUCGGUGAAGUUGCUCUUCUUCGAUUUUCAUUACAUGUGUGCGAUGCCAUGAUGUAUUUGGAGGCCAAUAACUUUGUCCACCGCGACCUGGCAGCUCGUAAUGUUCUUUUGACAGAGGACCACGUGGCUAAAGUCAGCGACUUUGGUUUGACCAAGAAGGUGUCUUCAGUUGAAGGCAUUAACAAGAUGCCCGUGAAGUGGACUUCACCCGAGGCCCUCAGAGAACAAAAAUUCUCCACCAAAUCGGAUGUUUGGAGUUACGGUGUUUUGCUUUGGGAGAUUUUCUCAUUUGGUCGAAUUCCUUAUCCAAAAGUUCAAUUAAAAGACGUGGGGCCUUUAUUGGAGAGCGGAUUCCGGAUGCCUCCUCCAGACAGAUGUCCUGCAGAUCUCUACAACAUCAUGAAGCAGUGCUGGCAACUGGAUCCUGCUCGUCGCCCAAAUUUUAAGCAGUUGAUGGUGCAGCUGCAAGAUAUCCGCAAGGGCUUCCGGAAAAACCACACGCUGGUGUGACAAAGCCAUCUGUAUCGUGUCGCCUACUGUUGUUUGGACUGUAAUGAGGGAAGAAAAAAAAUACAUCCAUUGACCUUCAUUUGACGAUGUUCACAACGUAUUACAGCAUUGAUAACAUUUUCCUUUAUUGUUUUUACACCAAUGACAAUUUUAUUGGCUGUUUUGGGAAGUGUCAUGUGUUAAGUACGUCUUCCUGCGUUCUCUGAACGUUAAUGAGCCUUUUUGUGGACGAUUAUGACAAUAUUUGGCAACACUGACGGGAAAUAUCUCCCAAACCACAAUUGACUGACAUUCAUCCUAUAAACACGUGAUAUGCAGCCUAUUUAAAAACAUGUAUUGAUAUUUUCUGAAUGUUUUCCAACCCGAUUUGAUUGCUACUGAAUAUCAAAAUGUGGAAUAGAAACAAGAGCCAAUAUGAUCUUAUUCUGCACAAUUGUUUUUUAUUUUUUUCUCCAUGAAUGUAUUGUUUUCAUCUUGUGCGGAAAUACUCUCCUCCCCCCCAAAAAACAGUAUCAAUCAAUCAAUCAAUGUUUACUUAUAUAGCCCUAAAUCACUAGUGUCUCAAAGGGCUGCACAAACCACUACGACAUCCUCGGUAGGCCCUUGUGGAAAUUUUUUGGGGCAUAGUUCCCCCUAACAUUUUGUGUCAAAUUGUCGAGGAAAACCAGUUUUGACUUUGAGAACAAAUGUGUUAACCAAUUGUUGAACAGUUUAAGAACAACAUUUCUCAACGAAACAAUUCUCAAGGAAUUAAAGGGUUUUACCAUCUACGGUCCAUAUCAUCAAAAGUUUCAGAGAACCUGGAAAAAUCCCUACAUGUAAGCGGCAAGGCUUAAAAAAACAACAUUGAAUGCCCGUGACCUUCGAUCUCAGGUGGUACUGCAUCAAAAGGCGACAUCAGUGUCUAAAGGAUAUCACCACAUGGGCUCAGGAGUACGUCAGAAAACCACUGUCAGUACAGUUGGUCGCUACAUCUGUAAGUUUAAGUUAAAACUCUACUAUGCAAAGCGAAAACGAUUGAUCAACAACACCCAGAAAUGCAGCUGGCUUCACUGGGCCUGAGCUGAAAUUGUCGAGAACGCCAAUUUUCAUUUCAAAAGAGAAAUGGUACUUUUUCUGCAAUGAAAAUUUCAUAAAAUUUGGAGAAUACCGUUAACAAUCCAUAUUUACAAAUCCAGAGUGAUUACAUGUAUAUUAAUUAUUAACCAUUUCUAAAAUAUAUUUUUUUAAAUGUACAACUCACCAAUGAUGGCAAAGGAGAACAGAAUGAAAACUUCCCACUUUCUAAAAAACUAUUUAAAUCAAAUACACAUUUAAAAGUCCUGUAUAGUAUGGUGCUUUCUUUUGUUUUUCAUGUUAUUUUCUUGCUCUCUUUGAUUUAAUAUAUUGACUAUUGUUUUGUAUUUGAUGUAGAUAUUUUGGAACAUUUUACAUAUUUUUUUUACGUGCAUAUUUUUGUCGUUUUAAAAGAUGGCUUUUGUUUUGUAUGUAUAGUUUUGUAUGGAAUUGUUGGAAUAAAAUUCUGGGAAAAAAGGGC